AUGGACGACUGCAGCAGCAAGUGGAGCAAAUGCUAUGUUGUGAGUACAGUAUUUUGCUUUAAUUCUUUGCCGGAGAUUACCCCAACAGCGUGCUCUCACUGGCCAUUCUGAGGUCGCAUGAAAUCUAACAAUAAAACAGUUUCUCGCCAAAAUUUUCUAACCUGCAAAUCUAUAACGUGAGAGGGUAACAGUGCACCAUUCCCCGCGAGUGUUGGCUGCUUGUAUGGCUCCGGUUUCUGUCAAAUAUCUCAUUGACUGGUCGCUUAGGAGACUAAUUACUAAUUUUAUCUCCCUCGUUGUUUGGGCUCUUUUUCGUGCAACAUUGAUAUCUGGGGAAAUAAAAUUUCACUUCAAUUUUUAUUGUUGUAGGUUGUUAGAAAGCCUUACGUCCUACUUUACCGUCAGGAAGGUGAUCCGGUAGGUAAACGAUUUUUAUUGUUAUUUUGAUCUGAUAAACGGCGAAAUUGCAAGGCAACUACAUGUUUUAAAAUGGGUGGACUGAGGUUAAAAUGUCGUAUUUAGGUCUGAAAUGGGUGAGCGUCCAAACGUUCUUGUUGCAAACUCCAACCAACAAAGUGGGAAGAGUACGUCUUCUGGGUUCCUUUGUUGCUGAGGGUUAAUUUUGCUUUCUUGUCUUUCUCAUAUUAGACAACUUAAGCAACGUGACGACGCGGGGUCAACGAAAACAACAGAAAAGCGAUAGGUUUAGUUGUAAAACAACAACUCUACACGUUUACCACACGUUUUUGUACAUUUCUUUGCCGUCGCUGCACGAUUACAAUGUGAAACGUCCUAACUAAAUGCGACGUUUACGACGAAUUUUUCUUUUUCAUCGUGAACUUGUACACAGCUCUUUAGAAUGUAAUUUCAGGAAAAUUUGCCGAUAUUUGACCAAAUGAGCGAGUAGAAAUAAUCGAGGAAAAAUUUGCGCAAAUUCACUUCAUGUAAGUGACGUUUUUGCUGUGGUCGCAGUCCACUCUCUAUUAGGGAGCUUUAGCAACGACGACGGCGACGGCGACGGCAGAGAUACCGUCUCUUUUAAAAUGAAUCCCCGUUUUUUCACACUUUGUCGCGUUUAUUCCAAUUCGCUGAAAAUGUCGAAUGUAGGUGAAUUUCCCUGGAGUUGAUUUCUUGGGGACCUCACUCAAGUUUAGAAAGAAAAAGAAAAAUCAUCGUCGCUUGUUUAAAUUUUCCUUUAAACGUGAAAUUAGGCGUUUUCACUUCGUAGUCCUGCAGUGGCGGUAAAGAAAUGUACAAAAAAGUAUGAUGUACGUGUGUAAAGUUGUUGUUUUGCUAAUCAAACCUAUUGCAUUUUUGCCCGGUUCUCGUUGCGAAAGCUCCCUAUUAGGGGGAUUUGACACCAACGCCUCUUUUUAAUUGCCGUUUCAAAAUUCAUCUCUCUUAUUCCAUGUGGUUCAAUAUGUCAAAUGUUGGUGACUUUUCUGGGGUUGAAUUCUAAAGCACUGUAUGUAAAAAAUAAAGGAUUAGAAAAUCGUAGUCUUGUUUUGUAGUCCUCAAGAAAACGUGAAAAUUAGGCAGUUUCACGACGUGGUCGUGCAACGACGGCGAAGAGAUGUACCAAAAAAACGUGCUGCACGUACAAAGUUAUUGGCUUUAAUUAUAAUCUAAGGUCUUAUUUACAUGGAGGUGGGGGACUCCAGGUAGUUGAGGUAACCCGCUUAAGUGGGGUAAUCCACCUGUCCAUAUAAUUUCUCAUUUUAAUUUGAUCACGUUUACCUGGUAGGUGGGGUGACUCGCCACAUUUCACCUCACCUUCCUGGGGUCCCCCACCUCCAUGUAAACAGGCCCUAACGCUAUGUUCACGCGACUAUGCCGGAUAGCAGUUGCUCUGGCUCGAAAACCAUAUCGGAUAGGGCUAUUUCCGUAUUGCCGUCUUGCCAGCCAUCUAAUUGUGUAUGAAAAAGGUGCCUCAAGAAACCGUUAUCAUGCCUCUGGUCAAAAAUCCAUUGUAAUUACGUUCUAUUUCUGUUGUUGUUGUUACUUUCAGGUUGAACAGUUCUUAGUUAAUCUCAAGUUUUCCAAAGUGGAAUGUCCAGAAUAUUUUGUGGUGAGGAAUCUAUGUACUUUUAUCUUCCCUUCAGUCAACUAUGGAAGCCUGAAAUGUCGAUGUAACUUUAAGUUUGAGAUUAAAUUAAUAAGUAGAUUAAUUUUGAAUUUGCCCACUUCUGGGAGUGAAAGUUGUAAAGAUUUCAAUUCCUUUCUUUUGUUAUAGUUAAGAAUAACUUGGUGUGUUUGUUUUGUUACAGACGUUCAGUGUUUUCUCAAUCCGUACUAGACAGUGCAGAUUCCUUGUCCGAACAACAACGGAGAAAGAAGAGGAUACAUAUGACUGGUUGUACGCACUGAAUCCGUUGUUAGUCGGCAGCAUGAGGUGGGUAGAACACUGAAAAUUUCGCUUUUAGAAGAGGAUUUCCACAGCCAUGUGUACUUAUUUUUGCAUGCAAAUCGCUUUUACUCACAUACACCAGCCUCCACGGAGAGAGGGCCAUUAACCCAAUUAAGCCUUUUCAGGACCCAUGAGCCCCCGUGGCGUUUCUCAUGGGCUCUUGGAGCCACCCCUCGUCUCCUGCGUCUCGCAACGUUCCUGGAGAAGCGUUGCGUGACCACUCAAAUAGCGUCUGUGUAGAACUCCGGGAUAAAUGUCGUAGUUAUUUACAAACAAUCGAAUUACUCGUCGAGUAAGGCUCCACACCUCCACGAUGAUGCGGCGCGUUUUGAAUGUUUGAGUGUUAGGAUGUCAGUUCAGAUUGUCAAACUUGAUUUUUACGCCUGAAGCCAGGAGCAAGGGCCUCCUGCUAGAGCUUCGCUAUUAAAUGCUGUCUACACUUUUUAACAACUGUCUAUUUGUUUAACUUUUUAUGACAGGUCCAGAAAAGGCAGCUUAAAACAGGGCGCACACAAGUGAAAGGGGCGCCAGGGAGAUGCUUCAAUAGAUUCAGGUGGCCAGUGAUGAAUUCAGUCACCGCCUCUUUACGACAGACNGAUUUCAAUUCCUUUCUUUUGUUAUAGUUAAGAAUAACUUGGUGUGUUUGUUUUGUUACAGACGUUCAGUGUUUUCUCAAUCCGUACUAGACAGUGCAGAUUCCUUGUCCGAACAACAACGGAGAAAGAAGAGGAUACAUAUGACUGGUUGUACGCACUGAAUCCGUUGUUAGUCGGCAGCAUGAGGUGGGUAGAACACUGA